AUGGCUGGCAGCCGAGCUGCUCAGUAGAGCUGCAGAGCUCAGUAGUUUUGGACAGCUUUCCUGGCUCUCAAUGAUUUGCUGUGUGAUUUUGGGCAAGUUACUCCUUGCCUCUGCUUAUCCAUUUCCCCAGAGUAAUAGAGAUCAUUAAUCACCACUGUAAGCUGUUCUGAAGCCUAGAGAUGAAAAGUGCUCAUUAUUAAUGCUAUUAAUUUAUAGGAUAUACAUUUUCACUUGAACUGCUUAAGAUAGAACUUCACUGUUGCACUGAGUCAGGGCUGGAAAAGGAUUUUUUUGGCAGAAGAAUGGAUUCCUAGAGGUAGAAAAUUUUACAGAAGUAGCUUCUAGUCUUCUCUUACACAUGUCUAAUCUGUAUAUUACUUUGAAUUAAAUUUCUAUGUAAAACAUUUGUCUGGGCCCAAAGUUUAUACACUUUAAUUUAUUUCCUGAACUUUUUUUUUAAUUACGUUUUCCUAUUUCUUUUUUUUAAAUGGGACUUCGACUUUGUUUAUAAUUUCAGACUUCCUUUUUGAUUUUCCAGUCGUGAUUUAAAAUAGCAGAUAAAUCUACAGACUGCAGGGAAUGCAUUGCUGUUCUUUCCUCCUUUCUCCUGUUGAAAACCAAAGUGAUCCAGAGAGAAGGUAGUUACAAUCUAAUGAGAAGGGAAAUCCACAGAGCCAUAACACGUGCAAAUCCAAACAAACUAUCUUUGGCUUUUAUGAUUAAGACGCAGAUAACGAGAGACUACUUCAGCAGCAGUCAGCAUGGAUCACUGCUGUAGUGCCAUUGCCUUCAGUUUCACAGAAAUGAGGGCUCGGUGGCUUAAAUUCAGCGUUUGUUUUAGCGGUCCUUAUCUUUAAAUUCUACAUCUGUAAAUUGUUUUGUAAAAUUGUAAAUUUUCUUUUUCCUCUCUCACUACUUAUCCCGCCAGCGCAAGGUUACACGUAGAUGCGCAGCCUUAAUUGGUUUAGUUGCGAGAAGAUAAUCUUUUUUUCCUCCUUUCUCGCUGUCGCCUGUUAGCGUAAAGGCUUUUUAGCUGAAGGUUGAUAAUUAUCAUUGAGAAGAAACUAGCACAUCAGGAGUUCAUUUUCCAUCUUAGCACUUGUGGCGCUCCUUUGAACUCCUCUCGCCAAACCCGCGUUCCCACUCUGUCACUUUCCUCCCUCCAUCAUAAAAAGGUCUCGGCCGCCGGCGGCUUCAGCCUUUGCUGGCGGGCAGAGGGCAUUGCUUCUCCCGCGCGCUCCUCCCGCAUGGACAAACUGCACGAGACGUUGAUAAACAUGGAAGACGCUUUGGGCUCGGAGCACUCCGUCUGCUUGUCCUCCUGGGACUGGAAAAGCGCCGCCGGGGCUUUCGAGCUGCACGCCGUCUCGUCUCCGCACAGCUUGUCCCCGACGCCCUCCUUCGAGUCCUGCUCCUCGUCCCCUUGCCCGGCGGUGGCGGAGACCCCCUACGGCAGCGGCGGCGGCGGCAGCCUGGUGGGCUACAGCCUGGUGGACUUCCCCCCCGCCUACCUGCCCAGCCCCGGGCAGGCUUGUCUGCCCAAGGGCACCAAGGUGCGGAUGUCCGCCCAGCGCCGGAGGAAGGCCAGCGAGAGGGAGAAGCUGCGGAUGAGGACCCUGGCCGACGCGCUCCACACGCUGCGCAACUACCUGCCCCCCGUCUACAGCCAGAGGGGACAGCCCCUCACAAAAAUACAAACCCUGAAGUACACCAUCAAGUACAUCAGCGAACUGACGGAGCUCCUCGACAGCGUCAAGAGGGCGUAGACCCCACCCGGGGCACCCGCCCCGGCACGCUCAGGGUCUUUACAAACAAAAAAAAAACCCAGCAAAAUUUCUUCCUUG